AUGCCAAUAAGUUAUACUCAGAGCUCUUCAUCUCAACCAAGCAUUGAAAGUGGGGGCGCAAGAGCAUACGGUGAUUUUGGUGUUCCUAAUAAGUGCUGGUGUGGUGAACGCAUGAAACUGGAAGUUUUAGACUGGGGCCAAAAUCAAGAGGACGGUAAGGAACACCGAAGUAAGUGGUGGGAUGAUGCAGUUGAUGAGGAGCUAGAACACCUAGAUAUCAAAAUUUGUAGGCAGACAGAGUCUAUUCAUCAGGCUUACCAAAAUCCUAUGUUGGAGUCAAUUAGGGAGACUAUGCGUAUAAUGCGUGACGAAAAUGAGGAACUGAACGCGCGUUUAACUCACGCCGAUUGCGAGAUUGGUAGGCUGAGGGAGCUACUUAGGAAGUGGUAG